UGCAUUCUGGGAGUCUCCGCUCGAGCGCUACCGAACUGGCAGGCAUCAGGGCAUGGAAUAUUGUUACGCAGCUGGACAAAAAUUCCCCGACAAAUUUCGGCUUUUCCCACCACAUUUUUCUGAAAACUGAACUCAAAGCAUUAAAACACCAUGAGCGAUAAGUCAUUGGAGGACUUCUUUGCGAAGAAAGACAAGAGCAAAAAGAGUAAAAGCAAGAGCAAAUUUGCGAAAAGCACGACGGAAGAAAUCGCCAAGCGACUCACCGAAGCCGAUCUGAAGAAGGAGCGAAAAGAAAAAGAGAAAGAAAAGCCACCGCCUCCAAAAGAAACAGAGGACAAAAGUAAAGUAAAGGAUAUCAUAGGGGACGAAGAUGAUUGGAGAGACAAUGAGGAGGAAAAGGAAAAAGACUACAGUGGGUUGAAGAUCCAGCUACAAAUAAGUGCAAAUCCUGAUCAAGAUGUGGAGGAAGAGGAAGAAGAAGAACUGGAUGAGAACGGGGAACCAGUCAAGAGCAAAGGAGCAGGGCAUAGUGGGCCGUGGAAAAAGAUAGACGCAGAUGGGGACAAAGAAGCAGAGGCCGCCCCGCCCCCGAAACCCGCAGAGCCAGUAGCUCCAGCAUCCAAUGUGGUGGUCGGCGGGAAGUAUGUACCACCCAGCAUGCGCGGCCAGCAGGCCGGUAGCAAAUCUAGUAUGACCCCUUCCAGGUUAACCGGGAGGAGCAAGACCGCUCCACAGAUCUCCAGUGAGCAAGAGUUCCCCUCCUUAGCAGCCAGCUCCGAUAUAGCUAAACACACUGACAAGAACUCCGACAAGAAUUUUGAAAAGGUGACGAGGGGAGGUCCAAGCAUAACCAACCCCGGAAGCCAAGGACCCAAGCUGGAUCUAGAAAACCGCUUUGCAGCCCUCGGACAAAACUGACACUUGGGAAGCUGUCCCAAACCCCUAGAGAACGAGAAAUUACACCCAAAAAAAACACAAACUGAAUUUAUGAAACUCACUCAUCAUGAUCAUUGAUCGUCCUAAAAGUGCUGAGGUGCUGGCUGUGUACAUAGACCUGAAAAGAAUGAGAGUGUUUAAAAGUCGGAAACUAUAACUCAUCUGACAGGGAUGGAAAAAAUCAGCAGAGGCUUCCAGUGAUUGGCAAGGGAUCGUGAUAUUGGGGAAUUUUUCAUUCUCUUGAAGGAAUGGUAGCGGAGUCGGACAUCCUGGACCUGCUGUAAAUACAUUGAUGGAUACGUUGAGACUCGACACUGGAAUUCUAACCCUGCCUACAGAGGUCAACGAUGCAUCAACGGUUAAAGUUUGUACCUGUCUGUGAUUAGGUUUCUACGCAGGAUCACUGCUUAUUUGAGAUCUUCCGCAACUUGAUUUGAAGGAUGUCUCCUCAAAAUUAUGAAAAAUAUUAAAAUGUACACAUUUGAAUCAUGCUACUCCAGUAGAUGUUAUUGGUUCUUUUGGGGUCGGAUAUUUUUGUUUUUCAUUUCAGGGUGCAAACUUAUAACAAAAAGGGCUAGUUUUUCAUGGGACACCGCUAGCCAUACUGUACUUUCAAACUGUGAUCGUGACUUGAAGACAGCAAUGCCAUUAUUGGAAUAAGUCUUCCUGCACUUACUGAAUGGCUUCUGUUAUAAAUAUAUGUGUUUUGGAAAGCGUAUACUUUCAAUUUGUUGCCCAGUGGACAAACACUUUCAUUACAUAUACAAGCCAUGUGGGACUGGAUAACUUUUAAUUUUGCAUCGAUCAAUAGGGAAUAGGGGAUUGCAAAGGGGCAUUCAAUUUAAAUCUUUACUGUCUCUGCAUAAAAAAUGGCAUUUGCCAAUCUGUACUACACCCAAAAGCUUUUGAAUUUUUUUCUCACUAGCCCUCAGACAACACCGAGUAUACAGUGUUUAUAAAAUAGUUGGCGUACUCGGCGAAGGGCAAAACCCAAUAUAAAAUUGAUAUCUCCCUGAUGCACUUCCACCUUGUAUUGUAACAAAACAAUCUGUGCUAGGAGGUGCUCAACUUUUUGUGUGCUUCUUGUGGUGAAAAUGUGCGAAUGGCUGUCAAGUGACGGACUGGAAUCCUGGCCUAAUAUGAUGGGUAGUGACCUCAAGUGGCCUGAGAUUUCAUUGGUUGCUAUCUACCUUGCCGGUUCUUCCUUUCCUGUUGUCCGAUUGGCCAAAUACUCAAGUGUGCAUAGAUGUGGAACACAUUGGUUGUGUUGGAGUAGCUAACACAUGUAAGUAAAUGUACACAAGAGCGUUCGAUUAGCCAUCACGGGAUGCUCGUGGCUGCACCGGUAUCAACCACCACUCACGAGCAGGUCUCUGGUGGAUGCCCAGAUGUAAUGAUGUAGCUGGACAAAUUGGGUGCUAGAUUGAAAAUGACGGGAACUUGAAUUGAAUUCGAAGAACUACAUGUAGAGUACAAAUGUAGAGAUUUGUUACUCAAACAAAAUGCAGUUUACGUUAACGGGAUCAAUUGGACAGACAUAUUUUUGAUAAUUCAGAGCAUGUCUUCGGAUUCCAGCAUUGAUUGAUCUUGUUACAAUGAUAAAACCUAAUUCCAUUUUACCAGCGGAGCAGACGACAGUAUGUCUGGUGUGUUUACAUUCCCGCCAUGUAACACCCUUUGACCUUAAUUUUCCCAGAAUGCCAGGCAAGUACACCACAGCAUUUGAUUAGCCUCAUUUCGUAGCUUCCUCGAGUGUAAACCCUGUGUAUACUCGGGGUAGCCUACUGGAAUGGCCCCAUUGAUGAUAGGAAUUCGCAUGGAAAUACAUGUAUGUACUUAUCGGCAUUGUUGGGCCAAUCAUGCACUGGCUCACUGACUCUGUAAUUGAGAUUGAGGCGGUGUUUCAGUGACAUCUGAAUUCCAUUUUCCAUUGAGCGCCAAUUCUUGGAUGCAUACCACAUGAAUACACUGCAAGUUAGUGCACAACUGCACAUUCAUUUGGGAGUUGUGCAAAUUUGGCUUUGCGAACCAAUGCGCGCAGUACCACAGUGCCCUUGAUUUGCUUGUUUGCCACACAUUAUCCCCUGUAAAAUGUAUGGCAUUAUAUGAAAACUAUUCUGUCCUUUUAAUGAAUAGAAACGGAAAUGAAAGAAGUCCUUGAAUUAUUAUUUUGCUAAGAGCAUACACGUAUGUUUUUCCUUUUGGGUUGAUUGUUUAGUUAAAAUAUAAGAUUUACUAGCAGUUAUUUUAUUGGCUAUGUAAACUACUUGAUAAUGAUAUGUGUAUGUCGUCACACACCAAAACACAGCUCUGCUUACCUGUAAAUUAGUGUCGGUUUUCAUAACCCAUUCAAUCGGUUAAAGGCAAUUUUUUUGUGCUAGUGUUCAGACUAAGUAUCCAUUGACAUUUAUUAACCAUUAGCAUUUGUAUUAUAUUGUACUCCACUGUAUUUACUCCUUCAUGAACCCAUAAAACAUGAAGUAUUGCUUUAGAUAAAGCAGAAUUGAUGCACAUGUAUUAAGUACAUGUAUCCUUUUAAAACAUGACAUUGUGAUCCAACGAGAUCAAUGAUGAAGUUUAGGUCAAGCUGCAAAUCUUGUACAUGUAAUACUUUCAUGGCAUUUAUUUGCUAAAAGAAUUUAUUACAAAACAGUCAUCAACGGAAGGUAAAUGUUAAUGCGGCAUUCUAAAUGCCAGUGUCAUUUGCAUAUGUACAGCACAUAAUAAAAUGUCAAACACCAUGUUUAACAAUCAUGGUGCCAACUGAAAAUA